AUGGAUAGUGACGACUUGGACGAGUUCUCCGAGGAGGAGGAGGAGGAGGAGGGUGCGCGGAAGAGGAAGCGGAGGGUUCGGUCCUCGCGUGCCAAGAAGUCACCCGCGAAGAACGCGUCGCCCAGGAAGAAGCGCAGGACCACGACCCAGGCUGGCAGCGACUAUGAGGACGAAGACGCCUUGGAGCUCGCGGAGGGCCAGGAAGUGGUGGGGGUCGUCGUGCAGGCGCCCAAGACCGGGCGAGUCCCGCCGGGGCAGGUGUCGCGGAAUACGCUGGAUUUUCUGAGGGAGCUGGCGAGGCCGGAGUGUAAUGACCGGGGGUGGUUCAAACUGCACGGUACGUUCUACACUCUUCCCGAUGCUAAACAAGGAGGUGGUGGUUCUGAUGAGCUGAUGAUAGAGCCGGUAUACCGCGCCGCGGAGCAGGAGUGGAAGGACUUUGUCGAGGCGUUCACGGACCUGCUCGUCGAGGCGGACCCGCAGAUCCCGCCGCUCCCGCCGAAAGAUGUCAUACAUAGGAUUUAUCGUGACGUGCGCUUCAGCAACGACAAGACGCCGUACAAGACGGGGUUCUCGGCGAGCUUCUCGCGGAGCGGGCGGAAGGGGAUAUUCGCGCAUUUAAAUGUUGCAGUGAAGCCGAACGGCGAGAGUCUCAUCGCUGCUGGUGCGUGGUGCCCAGGCAAGAACGAGCUGCAGACGAUCCGGAAUAAUAUUAUGCGCAACCCCGCGCGCCUGCGCGCGGUCAUCUCCGCGCCCGAGUUCGUGGGGUAUUUCGGGGAGCCGAGGCCGCACCCGAAAGGCGCGCGGAGGAGUUUGUGGGGGUUCGAGGACGAGCUGAAGACGGCGCCGAAGGGGGUUGAUAAGAAUCACAAGGAUAUUGAUCUGCUGAAGCUGCGCACGUUUGCGGUGAUACACCGCUUCCCGGACGAGGUGGUGCUCGAGCCGGGGUUUAGGGAGGAGCUUGCGAGGGUUGUUAGGGUGGCGAGGCCGUUUGUGCAUUGUUUGAAUGACAUGAUGACUAUCCCGCCGGAUGACGAUGAUGAUGACAAUGGGUCCGGCGGCGAAGAGGAGGGAGAGGAGGGAGACGGGGAAGAGUAG